CCACACCCAAAAAAAGCCUAUGAAAGGUACCAGGGGCAUCUCAUGGGGCCCCUUGCUGACCCCGGGCCCUCGGGCAGUGCCCAAGUGUUCAAAUGGUCAGUCCGCCCCUGAUUGUGCCCUCGGGCAGUGCCCAGGUUUCCAAAUGGUAAGUCUGCCCCUGCUGGCUACAGUGAUAUACAGUAAUAUCAGAGCAGCCAGCCAUUGUACAUGAUCAUGGCCACAGCAGUACAAUGUCACCAGACCAGAGUAGUCAAUCUCAGUGUCCCUAAUCGCACCACA